AUGAUUUUUUUCUUAAAAAUCUAUUUUAUUUUUUCAUUGUGCAGCCUUUAUUUUCUCUUCUUUCAUUCCAAUUCCAUAGGCUUCGUUCUCAAUGGACUCAACAGUGUCAAUGCAACCUCCCUAGAACGUCGCUUCGGGCUCAACAGCUCCAACAUAGGAAUGAUUGCCAGCGUCUACGAUAUCUCAGCCGCUUUAUUUGGGGUGCUCAUCAGCUAUCUCUGCUCCAGAGGGCACAAACCACGGUGGCUAGGGGUCUCCAUUAUCAUUAUGGGCCUCGGUUCCUUAAUCAUGUCCUUACCUCACUUUACUACAGACCUCUAUAAAAUGGGUCAGGAGAUAGUCGUCGACCAAAGCCUUUGUUCAGUCGACAUCUUUCUUUCUUUCUUUUUUAUUCCUUUGGGACAUCUUUCUUUCUUUCUUUCUUAUUCCUUUGAGACAUCUUUCUUUUUUCUUUCUUAUUCUUUUGAGACAUCUUUCUUUCUUUUUUUAUUCCUUUGGGACAUCUUUCUUUCUUUCUUAUUUUUUUUAUUCCUUUGGGACAUCUUUCUUUCUUUCUUUCUUUUUUUCUUUCUUUCUCAUUCCUUUGAGACAUCUUUCUUUUUCUUUCUUAUUUUCUUUCUUUCUUUCUUAUUCCUUUGA